AUGUACAUGCCUGGUUCCCGAGCUCCCUUCCUCUCGCUCUGCCUCGCGGCCGGCGCGGCCGCUCACGGCUUCCUGACGUGCCCGGCACCGCGACAGCGCCGCAAUGGACCCAUUCCAGGCCAGACAUGGACCAUGUGGAUGGGUAUGAGCGGAGGCAGCUACGGCCCUGGGAUAGGCAACGCCCAGAGCCUGUCCGCCGGCGGCCGCAACCCGAGCCACGCCAACCCAGGCACCCGCGACCUGUGUGGUGGUACGCUCGCCAACCACUUCUCGGCCGGAUCGCUCUACGGCCCCACCGAGGCCAGAGGCACCUUUGUCAGCGGAGGCACGAUGGCCGUCACCGUUCGUCUGACCGCUUACCACAAGGGAUGGUUCGAGUUUCGGUUAGCUGUGCCGGCGGGCGAUACGCAGGACAUUUCACAGGACCUCCUCAACGAGCAU